CUUAGAAUUUUGGCUUUAGUUGAUUGCAUGAUCCUCUUUUCCAAAGAUCUUCAUUUACUUGAUGCUUUCAGGUAUGUUUAGUGUGUCUACUUCUAAAGAAAGUUUAGAAUUCAAUUAUUCAAAAGAUUCCAAAGAGAAUAAGAGAGCAUUCAUUUUCUCUUUAGUGGUGGGGAAGUCUCUUAUUUCUUCUUUAGAGGUGGGGAAGUCAAUUAAGUGCAGUGUGGAAUUUGAAGUAGGAAAUAAUACUUUUUUUAGUAAUUUUUUUUUAAAAUUUUGAAUUAAAUCCAAUUUAAGAUUUUGUUUUUCGCUAUUAUAAAUGGACAUCAGAAUUAGAAGAAGUGAGAUUAACUUUCAGUCACUUAAGUGUGAAUGUUCUCACUUUUCUUAUCACUCAGACGACUUUAAAGCAAAUUAACGUCUCCUAAGUCAAUAUUAUAUCAUUUCCAAGAUACCAUUCAAUCGCUGUAGGUAUCAUAUCAAAGCCAGCCUUUGUCACCCAAUUUGCUAUUUGCUUUUGGCUUGACUUUUCUGUAUUCAUUGUAUGUGUUCUGUAGGAUUGACGACAACAGUGAAGAUGUGGUGUUAACAAAGUUCUCUCUGGACUAUAAGUACAGUGAGUCUGGAUUGUUGUCACACAAGCAGUCAUGGAAACAAUUAUUCAUCGGAAGGUGGACGUGAAUGGCAUAAGCAUGCAUGUUGCAGAGAAGGGGGAGGGUGGUCCUGUGGUGCUGCUGAUUCAUGGCUUUCCAGAGUUAUGGUAUUCAUGGCGUCAUCAAAUACUCGGCCUUGCUGCCCGUGGUUACCAUGCAGUGGCUCCUGAUCUCCGUGGCUUUGGUGACACAGACAUCCCUCCCUCCUCUUCAUCCUACACCAUGUUCCAUGUUGUUGGUGACAUCGUUGCUCUUAUCCAUGCUUUGGGCCAGGACAAGGUGUUUGUUGUAGGACAUGACUGGGGAGCAAUUGUUGCAUGGCACCUCUGCAUGCUUAGGCCAGACAAGGUUAAUGCAUUGGUGAACCUCAGUGUGGCAUUCACUCCUCGGAAUCCUGCUCAGAGUUCUAUAAACUCACUUCGUUCUCACUUUGGUGAUGCGCACUACAUGGUCAAGUUUCAGGAACCUGGAGCAGCAGAAGCAGAGUUUGCUGAGAUUGGCACUGCACUGAUCCUGAAGAAAUUCCUAACAAUUCGUCGGCCAAAUGCUUAUAUUUUACCAAAAGAAACAGGUUUCAGUGUCUCCUCUGAUGAUGAUCUCACACUACCACCAUGGCUCUCGGAAGAAGACAUCAAUUACUAUGCCGCCAAAUUUGAGAAAACAGGCUUCACUGGAGGAUUGAACUACUACAGAUGCAUGGAAUUAAACUGGGAGCUGACAGCAGCAUGGACUGGAACUCAGAUAAAAGUGCCGACAAAGUUCAUCGUUGGAGAUCUGGACUUGGCCUACCAUUUCCCUGGUGUUAAGGACUACAUUCACAAGGGUGGCUUCAAGAAGGAUGUUCCAUUCCUGCAGGAUGUAGUUGUUAUGGAAGGAGUAGGCCAUUUCAUCACUCUUGAAAAGGCACAUGAAGUCACUGAUCAUAUAUAUGACUUCAUUAAAACUUUCUGAUUGCUCUGUUUGCAUGAAGAAAUUUAUCUGCUCAGAAAUUAUGAUGAAAUCAAGCAUUCGUCCUGCUAUGAGACAUGCAUAUGAGUUAUUAAAUAACUACCAACUUUUAAAUAUAGACUGGCUUGAGUUGGUCUGCCAUUUGUCAUUCUGCAUUAAAAUUAUUGACUUCCUUAUGUUGCUCUUGUAUUAAGAUAACUACUAAUAUCUGCAUGUUUGAAAUCUGGGUUUCCUCUA